CUCUCUCUACAAACAAAACACACAAAUUCCUGAUUUCUUUCUUCUUUCUUCUUUCUCUCCUCUCUCUCUCUCUCUCUCUAGCUUUUUUAGUCUCUCCAGAUGCCCAAAUCCUUCACCCGCCGUCGCUUCUCUAACCUCCGCCGUCUUAGAUUCCACAUUUACUCGUCAUACUCUCACCAUCACCCACCUCCUCUGCAUCAUCAUCAUCAAUCUCUCUUUCUUUGUUUGUUUGUUUGUGUAGUAGACAAAUGUUAGUUAUAAUCUCCUCCUCCUCUUACGAUUCCUCUCUUCUGGCUUCUCUUGUCUGAGAUUUUAUCACACAAAAUGCCUGAAACUGGAGGAGUCCUAGGGUUUCGUUUUAUCUUGAUUGGGUUUAUACUGUUGGUGUUUCUCCUCAUUCGCCGCCAAUGGAGAUCUGCUUCUGUCAGGAGAGACCAAGUCAUUCGUCUCAUUGCUUUAGCCACCGAGGAAUCUUACCUGGCUGAGGAGGUUCGAGUUCGAUCCCCAACUGUUGCCGCCGCCGACUCCGUUUCGGAUGUUUAUCGUUGCGCUGUUUGUCUUUACCCUACCUCUACUCGUUGCGCCAAGUGCAAAUCUGUUCGUUACUGUUCUAGCAAGUGUCAGAUUCUUCAUUGGCGACGAGGUCACAAGGAAGAAUGUAAAUCGCCUUCUCUUCCUGAUUACGAUGAAGAAGAAGGCAGGGACGAUUCUGUUCAUUCUGAUGAUGCCAAAGAGUCGCAUUUUGAACUUCCAUCUCGUGUGGCUGGAAUUGAGUCAUCAUCAUUAGCGAUACCUUCCAAUGAUAAUGGCAAGUCUGUUGAUGUUUCCUGUGAUAUGUCUACAAGUAGGCCUAGUAUUCAUAAAGUGCAAGCUACAUCUGAAGCUGUUGAUUUCACUACUUCUUUAAACAAAAAGGAUGAUAAUCUCUAUGAGACCAGGCCACUAAGUAGGAAGAAAUCACGUCAUCGUAUAGAGAAGGUUGAAUCAGCGAGAAAGACUGAUGCAAAGCCGCGGAAAAUUGGCAAUCAAAGCUCACGCAGGUCAGGUGAUUCAGCUGAAAUGUCGAUUUCAGAACAAUUUUUGUCAGUUGGGUAUGAAGAAGAGAUGAAUGUACUUGGACAUGGAAGAAUUACAUCUGAACCAUCUAGUGCUUCUGCUGCAAUGUCAUCUUCAACUGUUCUCCUACCUUCAAAACCUAUAUGUAAGCCGAAAGUGUCCCAAGGUUCAUCAAGUAGUGGAUUGAAAACAUCGGUGCAGAAAGUUGUUCAGCAUUUUAGACCCCCAAAAUCGUCAAAUAUAUCUCAACCUUCCAGUUCUAUUGAUGAGAUGAGCUUCUCUUAUGAGUUGUUUGUGAAACUCUACUGUGAUAGAGUAGAAUUACAGCCAUUUGGCCUUGUGAACUUAGGGAACAGUUGUUAUGCCAAUGCUGUCCUUCAGUGCUUGGCAUUCACUCGGCCACUUAUAUCAUACCUUAUUCGGGGAUUACACUCUAAAACAUGUAGAAAGAAGAGUUGGUGUUUUGUUUGUGAGUUUGAAUACCUAAUUUUAAAGGCAAGAGGUGUAGAAUCUCCUCUAUCACCUAUCAAGAUCUUAUCAAAAUUACAAAAGAUCGGGAAGCAUCUUGGCCCUGGAAAGGAAGAAGAUGCACACGAGUUUUUAAGGUGUGCUGUUGAUACAAUGCAAUCUGUUUUUCUGAAAGAGGCCGAUGCAGCUGGUCCGUUUGCUGAAGAAACUACUUUAGUAGGCCUUACGUUUGGUGGAUAUCUUCACUCCAAGAUUAAAUGCAUGAAAUGCCUCCACAAAUCUGAGCGAUCAGAGCUGAUGAUGGAUCUUACUGUUGAGAUCGAUGGGGAUAUAGGAAGCCUUGAAGAAGCACUUGCUCAAUUUACAGCCUACGAAGUCCUAGAUGGAGAGAACCGGUACUUCUGUGGCAGAUGUAAAUCUUACCAGAAAGCCAAAAAGAAACUGAUGAUACUGGAAGGACCCAAUAUUCUUACUGUCGUGCUGAAACGUUUUCAGUCUGAUAACUUUGGGAAGCUGAGCAAACCAAUACAUUUUCCGGAGCUUCUCGAUAUUAGCCCGUAUAUGAGUGACCAAAAGCACGGGGAGCAUCCCGUAUAUAGUCUCUACGCAGUGGUGGUGCAUUUGGAUGCUAUGAGCACUUCAUUUUCAGGUCAUUAUGUUUGCUACAUAAAAACCCUUCAUGGAGAUUGGUUCAAAAUUGAUGACAGCAAUGUUUUCCCGGUGCAGUUAGAGACUGUAUUACUAGAAGGAGCUUACAUGCUUCUUUAUGCAAGAGAUUCUCCGAGACCGCUGAGCAAGAACGGUGGUGGUCGGAAAUCAAAGGAAAGAAGAAGUUUGGCCGCAAUUCCAUCAACAAGACACGGCAACAAACAGAGAGACAGUUUGUUGCCGCGUGUGGACUCGUCGAGUGGAAGUCUAUCGUCAAUGUUUAGCUCAUCAGACACAACAAGCUCAUGUAGCACAAAAGACUCAUCAGGGGGCAUUGAGAAUUUAUCAGAUUACCUGUUUGGUGAAGUUGAACCGGUUUGGAAACUAGAUCGUCGUGCUCAAACGUUUUAUUGAGGGUUUAAUUGUUGAGUCUGUUGGCCAUCAUUUUUUUUUACUUUGAAGUUUGAACCAACAAGCCAAAAAAAAUAGAAAGUGAUCAUUUUUUGAAUCCACUAUAUUGGAGGAGCUUAAGUGUACAGUUUUGAAUAACUCUGUUCAUCUUU